UGUAUAUUUAGUGAGAUGGGAUGAGGGAGACGAGUAUAAGUAGUGGUGAGUUUGAAGAAGUGAUGAUAAUAGCUGGAAACGGAAACACACCUGCCACAGGUUUUUGGCUCAGGAUGACUUCCUGUUUGUUUUCCCUCUUCUUCUUGGUCUCCCUGUUUCCCUUCAUCCCUGCCGACAAUCUGACCGGCAUCAAAGUGCGACUCACAAACGAAGGACUGGCUGCUUUGAAGGAUUUUGGUCUGACGUUUUUGGAUGAGCUGAUUAACAAAGACUUUAUGCAGACAUGGGGAAAUGCUGAAAGCCGCAUCAAAGGAUUGACAUUCACUAAUCUGGCAGUGGAUCCAGCUCAAGUCGUUUUUCGUGUCCAGAAUUCUGGUCUCCAGUUUGAAAUCAAGGACCUGCAUUUCACCGCGGAACUUCAGAUCGAAGGGAAAAUCAACACCAUUGCCGUUGAAGGAAGAGGCGUGAGCACCACGAUUGGAGUGAGACUGAUCCGAACCCAGCAAGGACGUUUGAAUGUUGAGCUACCGGACUGUCAAGUCAGCGCUGAUAAACUGGCCACAAGCUCCAAUGGGAUAUCAGGGGUUAUUUUGGACACAUCUGUAGCAUAUUUACAUCAAUUCCUCAUCAGCAAGCUCUGUACUUUGGUCCAGAGAUAUGUUGUGCCUAAAGUCAACACCAUGUUGGGGAACUUCAUCAUGGUGCAAAACUUUAAGAGCGAGAACUACAACAUCGACCUCAACUUCGACUACACUCUGAGCGAAGACAUCACGGUGACCUCCAGCAGCAUUGAUGUGUCUUUCAAAGCUUUGGUGUAUGGUCAGGGAAGGACUGUGGACAUGGCAUCAUUAAGGACAGGUACAAAUCCAGUUUUCAGCAGAAGUGACCGGAUGGUUAAUGUGGGCAUCUCUGAGUCCGUCUUCAACAGUGCCGGCAUGUCACUCUACAACUCAGGACCCAUUAGCGCCACCAUCCCAAAGUGGAACUCAGUGAUAAAUGCUGUUCUGGAACUUGCAAGCCUUCCUGCGGGUGCUGUUACUUUGGAGCUCACUGAGGCGCCGCACAUCACCAUGAGUCCCAGAGGAUUCUUUCUCAACAUGAAUGCCAUAGCCAAGUCUCUGGAAAAACCAGCUCUAAAACCUCUUGCAAUUAGCUGUGAGGCUAACAUGCAGAUCGAUAUCAAGGGAAGCAAAUUGGUUCUUCUCUCUAAAGACAUUGAUUGUAAAACUAAUAACUGGGUUGCAAGAAUUCUGAUCAAAAUUGGGAGCGGUUCCCUAACCCUCUUUAAGUGGUUUAGUGAUGGACUACCCCUCCCUCUACCUAAAGGUGUGGAAAUCACUCAGGGAAAGAUCAACUAUUAUGACGGCUUCAUAGUGAUUGAGGGGGACCUGAACGUAACUCCAGUUAGAGAGUUAUAAAUGCGAGCGUCCAGCUUGACCAGAAUCGCUCUGCUCUUGUGAAACCUGUUAUGACGCUUGGAUCUGACUCUUUCUCUGUAAUAAAAAGCUUCAGACUUCA